AUGUACCGAGGAGGAACAUUCAAAAACCCCAAAUCUCGCACCCUGAAGCCGUCCCAGUUCCCUGUGAACCCCAAUAAACCAUCCGCUACGGUGCCCCCGGAUAAACCGCGCACCCCAGUGCCGGCGCACCCCGGAUUCUCCUGCAUCCCGCUCCCGGCGCAGAGCCCCAUGUCCCUUCGUACGCCACGAACCCCGGAUUCCCCGUAUGUCCCCAAGGCCACUGAGCCCCAGGGUGACAGCGAUGGCCCCCGCCGGGGCUCCCUCUGCGACCGGCACUGUGCCACCAUCAACAACGUGCAGGGUGACCUGGGUGACCUGGGCUGCCACGUGCACCGUCCCCGUGUCCCCCCAGCCCUGUCUCCCCCGUCCUGCUGCCAGCAGCACUCGGACGAGGUCUGCGAGAGCUGCAUGGUGAAAACCACCCUGAUGGCCGAAAACGUCGUGGAGGCCAACAAGCUCUCCAACAACUAUAAGUUUGGCUUCAAGAAAUGGAAGAGCCACGUGACGGCGCGGCCCUGGGAGGACCGAUCGGAGAUCGUCAAGGAGCUCUACUCUGACCUCAACGUCAUCCGGGGCUCUGGAGGGUCCACGGUGACGUGUGGAAACAUCCUCUACCUGCUGCUCUUCGGCUGGUGGCUCUCGCUCCUCUAUGUCCUUGUGGCUGCCACGAUGUUUGUCACCAUUGUGGGGGGUUCUUAUGGGUGGCUCUGCUGGGACCUGGCUGGGUAUUUCCUCUGGCCCUUUGGCAAAGUGAUCCAGAAAGUGGAGGUCCCCAAAUCCCACCGGGCGCUGGGCACAUGCGAGGCCGGCACAGAGGCAAGCAGCGCGGGGGAGAGCUCAGCCCUGCUCGGUGGUCCCGUGCCGCGUCGCUGGCGCCCAUGGUGCUGGGCAGAUGCCAAAUACUGGCAGCGUGCCGGCGCUGUGGCGUGGCUGAGCCUGGGCUACCCGGCGCUGGUGCUGGCCCACGGGCUAGUGUGCGUGACCGCGUGGCUCCUCAUCGUCCUCAUCCCUGUGGCCAAGCUGAGCGCCCGCACUGCUGCCCGCGUCCUGCUGCUGCCCCCGGAGCGGGUGCUCGUCCGGCGCCUGAGAAUGACGGAGGUGCCGCUGGAGGGGGAGGUGAUACUCUGCUGCUACCGUGCCGUCAACCCCUACUACUACAAAUACGCCGUGGACGGCAUCAACGUCUUUGCUGUCAACCUGCUGCCGCUGGUGCUGGUGACACUGGUGCUGGGUUAUGUGGACAGCCACAACCAUUUGACCAGUUCCCCCAUCAAGUUCACGUUGGCCCUGCUCUCCAUCAUGCCUCUGUCCUACUACAUCGGGAUGGCCAUUGCCAGCAUCUCGGCCCAGAGCAACUUUGCGGUGGGAGCGGUGGUGAACGCCACGUUCGGCUCCAUCACGGAGCUGACCUUCUACAUCACAGCCCUCAUCAAGGGCUCGCGUGAGGGCAACCGCUGCUACGCCGAGAUCGUCAAGUCAGCGUUGACGGGGACGCUGGUGGGCUGCGUCCUCUUUGUCCCGGGUCUGUGCAUGGUGAUUGGGGGCAUCCGGCACCAGGAGCAACGGUUCAACAGUCGCUCGGCGGGCGUCAGCUCGGCUCUGCUCUUCCUUUCUGUGGGAGGCGUCUUUGCCCCGACGCUUUUCUCCAAGGUGUACGGGAAGCUGGUGUGCGGUGAGUGCCACAACGUCACCCAGAACCCGCUGGGCCACUACCUCUGCCACAAUUGUCACUUUGACCUGAUGGAGAACAACGGCACCCUCUACUACAGCCACGUCCAACCCCUGGUGUACACGGUGUCCCUCCUGCUCCCUGCCGCCUACCUUAUCGGCCUCUUCUUCACCCUGAAAACUCACUCGCACAUCUACGACAUCCACAUCAGCGACUGUCACAUGCCUGGCCACCACCACAGUGCUGUGGUCCACUGGUCUCGUUGGCGGGCCCUGGUCAUCCUCCUGCUCUCCACCCUCUGCAUGUCAGCCUGUGCUGACCUGGCCACGGAGCACAUCAGCCCCAUCCUCACCAACUCCACCAUCUCACAGUACUUCAUCGGUGUCACUGUACUGGCGAUGGUGCCUGAGCUGCCAGAGAUCGUCAAUGGCAUCCAGUUUGCCCUGCAGAACAACCUGAGCUUGAGCAUUGAGAUUGGGAACUGCAUCGCCGUCCAGGUCUGCAUGCUCCAGAUCCCCAUCCUGGUGCUCUUCACCAUCUUCUAUCCGACCAACUUCACGCUUGUCUUCAGUGACCUCCACGUCUACGCCAGCAUGUUCAGCGUGGUGCUCAUGAACUACAUCUUCAUGGAUGGCAAAUGUGACUACUUCCAAGGCACGGUGCUGGUGAUGGUCUACUUCAUCCUCCUGGCUGUGUAUUUCUUCGCCCCAUCGCCCAGUGGUUGCUGA